AUGAGGCGCACUUCGCUUCUCACCUCGUUGAUGAGCUCUGCGGCCAUCCUACCAUGGCCUGGUUUAGCAAGAGAGGACUGUCCCACCACUGGGCCAGCAGCUGUUCCAACCGCUGUCCAGCCUUUCGAAAUCGUUCAUUGCAUCCCGCUUCAUCUCAGCACUUCUCUCUCUUCCAAUACCGUUUUCACUGUAGCUGGCACAACCGUCAAGGUCACCAAUGCUCCAACUGUGGUUAAUACCGACUUCCUGACCACGAUGACGAUGACGUACAGCUCUGCUGUGGUCACAAACUCUCCCUACAAUGGCCCUUGUGUCACGGUUACCGCAAAUGUUCCUGCAGGAUCCCAGCCGACCACCAUUGUCAUCCCUCCUCAAAGCGGCCAAGCCACUGGCACGAAGUACAUCUGCUCUCCUCUCGAGUCCAACAAGCCCUGGUUGCCAUCAACCUCUCCCAACGGUGGAAGCUUCACAACAGCCACGGCCCCCUAUCCGGGCUCAACCUUGACGACCCUGACCAUCCCCCCCAGCGGCGGCGACCCUACCGGAACUGUCCUCGUCCUGACCCCUGCGCCUACGCCGAAUGCAGGAAGUCCUCCUUUCAAUGGACCCUACACGACCAUCACAGCUCCCGGUACGGUGUUGACUACUUUGACGUUGCCUCCCUCCGGGACCGAUGGCACUGGUACCCAAAUCGUCUACGUCCCACCGCAGACGGGGGGGCUGGUGACUGCCACGUCGACCGGCUCUCGGCCUGGUCAGACAGGACUCAUCACCAUACCCCCUGGCAAGCCCGGAGACCCAACGACGAUUGUCACGAUUGUUCCUCCUGCUAGCGGUGGCGUCGUGACUUCCACCUCGACCGGUACAACCCCGGGUCAGACGGGGCUGAUUACUCUGCCUCCUGGAAAGCCUGGCGACCCUACCACUGUGGUCACGAUUGUCCCUCCCCCAACAGGAGGCGUGGUCACUUCCACUUCGACUGGUACCAGCCCUGGUCAGACAGGUCUACUGACUCUGCCGCCCGGCAAGCCCGGGGACCCAACUACGGUUGUUACCAUCGUCCCCCCUCCGACCGGCGGGGUUGUCACGUCAACGUCCACCGGCACGCAGCCUGGCCAGACUGGCCUCCUGACAUUGCCUCCCGGAAAGCCUGGAGAUCCUACUACCGUUGUUACUAUUGUGCCGCCUCCUCCCACUGGGGGAGUGGUCACUUCCACUUCAACCGGCACCCGGCCCGGUCAGACUGGUCUGUUGACACUGCCGCCUGGAAAACCUGGCGAUCCUACCACAGUCGUCACCAUCGUCCCACCACCCACCGGAGGUAUAGUCACUUCUACAUCGACUGGUACUCAGCCCGGUCAGACUGGCCUACUCACCCUCACCCCUGGAAAGCCUGGUGAUCCUACUACAGUCGUUACUAUCGUCCCACCACCCACCGGAGGUAUAGUCACUUCUACAUCGACUGGUACUCAGCCCGGUCAAACUGGCCUCCUCACCCUCACUCCUGGAAAGCCUGGUGACCCUACCACAGUUGUUACUAUCGUGCCUCCUCCUGGUGGCUUUGUUACUUCUACGUCGACUGGCACUCAGCCAGGCCAAACGGGCCUCCUCACCCUCACCCCUGGAAAGCCUGGUGACCCUACUACAGUUGUCACGAUUGUGCCUCCUCCUGGUGGCUUCGUCACUACCACUUCCACUGGUACUCGGCCCGGUCAAACCGGCUUAUUGACCCUGACACCAGGUCGACCCGGCGAUCCUACCACAGUUGUCACGAUUGUGCCUCCUCCUGGUGGCUUCGUCACUACUACUUCCACUGGCACUCAGCCCGGUCAAACCGGUUUGUUGACCCUGACACCAGGCCGACCCGGCGAUCCGACUACCGUGGUCACCAUUGUGCCCCCUCCGGGAGGGUUGACAACUGUCACCUCAACAGGCACUCGGACUGGCGUCACAACUCUCACGCCCGGCCGCUCAGGAGAUCCAACGACUGUGGUUACGUUCGUUCCAUCUCCCACAGGUGGCUUCGUCACAAUCACCUCAACCGGAACAGGAACUGGCCUCAUCACCCAGACUCCUAGCCGCCCAGGCGACCCAACUACCGUCAUCACCAUUGUCCCAAGUCCUACAGGUGGCUUCGUCACCAUCACAUCUACUGGAAGUAGCACUGGCCUGAUUACUCAGACUCCCGGUAGGCCUGGAGAUCCAACUACAGUCAUCACUCUGGUGCCAAGUCCUUCUGGCGGGGUGACGACCAUCACCUCAACCGGAACAGGAACUGGGUUGAUCACUCAGACUCCUGGACGACCUGGCGACCCGACUACAGUCAUUACUAUUGUGCCCUCCCCAACUGGGGGCUUCACUACAAUUACCUCCACGGGAACAGGAACUGGCUUGAUCACUCAAACCCCUGGCCGCCCUGGAGAUCCUACUACUGUCAUUACUAUUGUUCCGUCUCCUACUGGAGGUUUCGUCACCAUAACAUCUACCGGAACGGGUACGGGUGUCGUUACUCAGACUCCCGGCCGACCUGGUGACCCAACCACCAUCGUGACUAUUAUCCCGAGCCCUACGGGAGGCAUUCUUACACUUACGUCUACCAGUGGCUCAGUCACUGGCAUCACCACCCAGACUCCGGGUAGACCUGGGGAUCCCACUACUGUCAUCACUUUCGUCCCAACCCCCAUUCCUCGGGUUACUCUCACUCAAACGGGGUCAACUACCGGUCUUACAACCUUGACCCCCGGAAGAGUGGGAGACCCGACUACAGUCAUCACCCUUGUGACUGGCCCUCCAUAUGUGACCGUCACAUCGACGGGAUCCUCAACUGGCCUAUUCACUCAGACUCCUGGCAGACCCGGAGACCCGACUACAAUUGUCACCAUUGCGACUGGCCCGCCGCCCGUUACCGUGACAUCCACAGGCAGCACCACCGGAUUGACUACGAUUCCGGGAGGACCUGGAGGACCACCAACUGUGAUUACUUUUGUGCCGACACCACGUGUGACUACGAUCAUUUCAACAGCUAGCACGACCGGCUUGACGACUCUUCCCUACGGCGGUGACUCGGUUUACACAGUAGUGACAUUUGUUACUCCCUCGUCACCGGUCACAGUCACUUCGACUGGAAGUAUUACUGGUCUGACAACCCUUACUCCGGGGCCCAGUGGCGGCCCUCCCACGGUAGUCACCUUUGUUACUACACCUGUACCAGUCACAGUCACUUCUACUGCAAGCACUACUGGCCUGACCACCCUUACUCCGGGACCUAGUGGCGGCCCUCCCACGGUAGUCACUUUCGUUACUACACCAGUGCCAGUCACAGUCACUUCGACUGGAAGCGUCACUGGCCUAACGACUCUCACGCCCGGCCCCAGCGGCGGCCCUCCCACGGUUGUCACUUUCGUUACUACACCUGUGCCAGUCACAGUCACUUCGACUGGAAGCACUACUGGCCUGACAACCCUUACUCCGGGACCUAGUGGCGGCCCUCCCACGGUAGUCACUUUCGUUACUACGCCCGUACCAGUUACAGUCACUUCGACUGGAAGCGUCACUGGCCUGACUACCCUUACGCCCGGCCCCAGCGGUGGUCCUCCUACGGUUGUCACUUUCGUCACUACGCCCAUACCAGUCACAGUCACUUCGACUGGAAGCAUUACUGGACUGACUACCCUUACUCCCGGCCCCAGUGGCGGCCCUCCGACUGUCGUGACUUUUGUCACAACCACGGCUCCGAUCCCACCGGUGACCAUCGUUUCGACCGGUUCUACGACCGGUUUGACCACUGUCCCACCGGGUCCCAGCGGCGGCCCUACAACAGUCAUCACGUUUGUCCAGCGUCUAGGCUUCAUCACCACGCUCACUUCGACAGCCACCCAGACUGGAGUAACAACUGUGGUUCCUACAGACCCUGCUGGUACCACCAGUGUCAUCACUUUCGUUCAGCCUCCUACAGGCUUCAUCACAACAGUAACGUCCUCGGCUACACGCACUGGAGCGACCACCAUCAUUCCAUCCGAUCCUGCUGGCACCACCAGCGUCAUCACCUUCGUCCCGAUCACGGGCGGGCUCACAACCAUCACUUCCACAGGCACACAGACGGGAGCUACCACCAUCAUUCCAUCGGAUCCAGCCGGAACUACCAGUGUCAUCACUUUCGUUCCUCCGAUCACGGGUGGCUUGAUAACUCUUACGUCGACUGGUACCCGAACAGGAGUAACUACAAUCGUUCCAACGGACCCUGCUGGAACCACCAGCGUCAUCACUUUCGUUCCUAUCACCGGUGGUUUGACCACACUCACAUCGACAGGCACUCAAACAGGAGUCACUACUAUAAUUCCAACAGAUCCUGCUGGAACUACCAGUGUUAUUACCUUCGUUCCUCCGAUCACAGGUGGCUUGACAACUCUCACGUCAACCGGCACCCAGACGGGUGCAACUACAAUCAUUCCAACGGACCCUGCUGGAACUACCAGUGUUAUCACUUUCGUUCCCCCUAUCACGGGUGGUUUGACCACUCUCACAUCGACCGGCACUCAAACAGGAGUUACUACAAUUAUCCCUACGGAUCCCGCCGGAACCACCAGUGUUAUCACUUUCGUCCCCCCUAUUACGGGUGGCUUAAUAACUCUUACGUCAACCGGUACCCAGACGGGUGUAACUACUAUUAUCCCCACGGAUCCCGCCGGAACCACUAGUGUUAUCACUUUUGUUCCCCCUAUUACGGGUGGCUUGAUAACUCUUACGUCGACCGGUACCCAGACGGGUGUAACUACUAUUAUCCCCACGGAUCCCGCCGGAACCACUAGUGUCAUCACCUUCGUCCCUCCGAUCACUGGAGGACUUACGACGGUUGUAUCUACAGGCACACAGACUGGCCUCACUACCAUCAUCCCCACGGAUCCUGCUGGCACAACAAGCGUCAUUACUUUUGUGACCCCUAGCAGCACUAGCAGCAGCUCGACCUCAACCACAAUCGCCCCUGGCCCGACCUACAGCUGCGACGCUGGUGGCUACCUGAUUCAGAGCACCACACUCUACCGACUAAACCUCACUACUGGGGUUCAGACCACGGUUUCUACCAAUGUUGGACCUGGUGGUCAAAUCAAUGCGAUUGGCUAUAACCCCUUGGAUAACUACAUUUAUGGCAUUACUACUGUGAACAAUGUGAACCGUAUAAUCCGCAUCGCAAGGAACGGCCAAGGGGUUCUCAUUGGCCCAGAUCUUCCAACUGGAUACUACAACGUUGGAGAGAUCGACACACUCGGACGGUACUACAUCAGCGUUAGCGGUGGAGCCUGGGCACAAAUCGAUAUGAACCCCAACUCGGCGACCUUCACGCAGAUCAUCGCCACAGGUACUAGUACUAUCGCCAAUGGCGUAUCCGACUGGGUUUAUGUACCCGGAGGUGGCGAUUACCUCUACAGUAUCACGGGAGUCGACGCCAACGGUCGAUUCUCAUUAGCGAGAUGGAGUCGGACUACUCAUGACUGGUCAAUUGUACGGACAUACACGCGGAUCAAUGGCAACGAAGUGUUUGGAGCGCUUUAUGCCUCGAGCGGCAACACGUUCUACGGCUCCGAAAACAACAGCGGAAAUAUUUAUAAUUUCAACGUCAACUCUGGUCAGCCAACCUUGGUCUCCGAUGGUCCUGUUUCGGGAGUCAACGAUGGAGCUCGCUGCGUAUAUGCAGCAGAUCCAUCCAUUCUCACCACUUCCACAAGUUCUACCAUGACCAGCACGACUUCAUCUUCGACGAGCAGUUCCACUUCAGCCACCCCGACUUGUACUUCCGGACUGAACUGGGCGUACUACGACUUCAACCAGUCGCCUAGCAACACCACCAGCUACCCAGGACAGAUUCCCUUCCACGUCGUGGCUUCGGGCGACGCCUGGGCGGACACAUACAACAACGUGCGUACCGUUCUUUCAGGACAGAGCCCUCAGACCACCGGGGUGACGAAUCUCGUUGGUACCACAUUCGGCGGCAACUGCGCCGAGACUACAGAUCCAACACCCGUCGUUUAUGGCACAACAGUCAACGGCGGCUCGAGAUACUGGUACAUCCAGCAGACGGGCUACUUCCAUCCCAACGUAUCCGGCACGUAUACUUUUGCCUUUGGUACGGCAGAUGAAGGUGGGUACGUCUGGAUUGGUGACAAGGCGGUGACCGGUUUUACAAACGCCAAUGCCGACCUCACUCGAUACACCCAACAGCCCGCAACCGUCCCCACAUUCACGUUCACAGCCGUGGCGGGUCAAUAUUACCCCAUCAGGUUCCUCUAUGUAAACGCCCAGGGCUGCUACCAGCACUCUUUGACCGUUACAAAUCCAAGUGGCGCCGUUGUUGCGUCGCAAACCGUACCGGCGACGAAUAACAUCUUCGUGCCUGGCGGCUGCGGUAACGCGCCCGCACAGUUCGACAUUACGCCUCCUGGUACUUCGACUACCACUCCGACUGUGACGACGUCUCCGACUUCGUCGACUUCUACCACCAGUCCUGCCACUACAUCGACUGAUACUUUGACUUCGUCCACCACUGCUGCCCCGACUACAACUGACACCUCCACCACGUCCAGCUCGACGACUUCGUCCUCGACUUCUUGCGUGGUCUCCUUGACGAGCACGGCCUCGGCCGCCGCCCCGGCGGGUGCCACAGCCCAAGUAGUUGUUCCUGCCUGCGCCACUGUCAUGCGAUUCACCGUCCUCGGUGGCGGCGGUGGUGGCGGCGGUGCUGGUGCAUCGAUCAACGGCUCCAUCGCUGUUACCCCAGGCGAAACUGUUUUGCUGCUCGCUGGCGGCGCUGGUACGAGAGUCAAUGCCGUUGGUGCUGCUGGCCAGAGUCAGUACGGCAACGGUGGAUCUGCCUCCAACAAUGGCGGUGGAGGUGGCGGCGCUUCCGCUCUCUACCUCGGCCAGAACCUUCUUGCGGUCGCUGGCGGAGGCGGCGGCGGGUCCAUCGUGGUAUCCAACAACGGCCAAGGAGCUUUUGAACUAAACUACAACUACAUUGGCGGAACAAGUAACGCUGGUGAUAAGGGUUCUUCCUACAAUAUCACGCUGCCGAGCGGUACCGUCACGUCCACAUCCAACGGAGGAGCUCCAGGCACUCAGAUUCUCGCCGGAGCCGGUGGUACGUGGACAGGCUUGGGAACGUCGGCAAACGGAAAUGCCGGAAGCGGAUCCGUUGGUGGGAACGGUAUUGCCGGCGCGGGCGGCAGCUUCAACGAUGGCUCUGGCGGCGGCGGCGGUGGUUACCGUGGUGGAGGUAGCGGAGCCACUGGCUACUAUUCGGUGGGCUCAACAGUCCAGCGUAUGCCGGCCGGCGGUGGCGGUGGUUCCAGCUUCGUGGACGCCUCGGUUUCGGACUCGUUCCAAGGCCUCGCCGCUUCAACUGCCCCCGGUAGAGUUGUCGUAUCCUUUGCCUAG